AUGCCGUUAUCGAGACCUCGUUCAGGCCCGCGCAUUCCUCUAUUUCGCAGUCUGAGUGCCAGUGCCGCUACCACAGACCCCGAUGUCAGCGCCCCCAGCUCACCCGGUCAAGAUGAUGCCCAUCCCCGUCAACGCUCGUCCGGCGGCUUCAGUCUUCCCACGCUGUCGACCCUAGCCAGCUUCAAUUUCCAUCGUCGGGUGCGCACAAAGUCCGAAGGCAAACGCAACAGUGUCCCUGUUCCAGACGACCCAGACGACCCCAGUCGAGAGCGAGCCAACACCGUCCCGGCCCAAAUCGCCCCCAGCCAGAGCUUGAAGCCUAGUGAGCCCAAGGAUCUGCCGCUGCCGCUGGUGCCGCCCAAUAACAACACUGGCGACACCAAGACCACCGCCUCACCAGCCACAGUUCCACCCACCACACCCACCCAGCUCGAGCCUGAGCCUGACCCUAGUAACCCCGAACCCACCGUGUCCCUUGCGGCUCCUGCUUCACUUUCUCCUUCUCUUCACCCAGACAACACAUCCAAUACCACCGCCGACACCAAUACCUACAUCCCGACCUCAAACACCCUACCCACCACGCCGUCAGUCAAUAAUCCGAAUACCCAAAUUCCUUUUCCUCCUGCUACCGUUGCCGCCGCCGCCGCUCCUCCUCCUCCGGCUCCUGCCACAACUCCCCCGCCCUCCCAGCCCGUCUGCCCCGUGGUCCGCGUCCAGCGUCCCUCGACUCCGACCAUCCCGACCCUCGCCUCUGUACAAUGCCUUCGACAUGAGACGCUCGACGCUAUGCAGAGAAAAAUAUGGGUGAAACGACCCGGUGCUUCCCCGACCCGAGUCGAAGUCGCCGAAGACGACCUGGUUGACAACGUGCGCGAUGUCAUCUUACAAAAAUACGCCAAUUCCCUCGGUCGCACCAUCGACGCCCCAGACAUUACGCUCAAAAUCAUUAGCCGCGAACACAACAAUAAAAAUGUGAGCCCCGAGCGUCCCCUGGGUCCCGAGGAGCCCAUUGGCGCCACCCUCGACGCAUAUUAUCCCGGCGGCCAACAGGUCGAUGAAGCUCUCAUUAUUGAGGUAGCUUCCCGCAGAACUCCCCGCGCCUCUCCUCGCGCUGGAAACCAUCAGAUCUCCUACUAUUAUACCGAUCAAUACCGUCCCGAUGAUGCCGCUCGAGAAUACUUUCCUCCCAUGCCACUCCACUCUCCUCACCUUGCUCACGUCCCUCAUCCCAACUCGGUUUCCCAUUCCAUGGCCGUCUUGACCACUGGUCAGCUGCCCCCUCUACCUAGUCCCGGCUCCCACGGCCAGAGAAGGCACGCAAGGCCAAAAUAUGGAAGGCAGCACACGAGCAGUCCAACCAUUCUCCACACCGUUCAGCCGAAUGGUCAAGUUUUAGAAUCUAAAGCACAGCUCAAUGGGCCCGCCCCUUCGGCAGCCCCUCUUCCUACCCCUCCGACUCAGGGCCCGAACGAACACAAGCCCUCGAUCACGCCUCCCAAUCGAGUCUCGUCUCCACAUCCUGGGCAGAAACUCAGGAGGCGGAAAGCUCCUGCCUUCGGCCGGUCUGUCAACGGUGAUCCACAGGCUCCUCCUAAGUCUCUGCCUGCUGCCGCAAGUCUGUUGGACGGAACAGUCCCUCCCAUCAAUGUCUUGUUGGUGGAGGACAACGUCAUCAACCUGAAAUUGCUUGAGGCCUUUAUGAAACGCCUGAAGGUGCGAUGGAAGUCUGCCAUGAAUGGAAAGGAAGCAGUGGCUAUGUGGAGAACAGGUGGAUUUCAUUUGGUCUUGAUGGAUAUCCAGCUACCGGUAAUGAAUGGCCUGGAGGCCACCAAAGAGAUCCGACGACUCGAGGCUGUGAAUGGCAUUGGCGUUUUCAGUGGCAGCCCCAUCGAGACCGCCCUGAGGAAUCCCCAGAUGAAUGGCGGUCCUGUGGGCGAGGCGGAUGCCCUACCUGACCGCAGCUUGUUCAAAAGUCCCGUCAUCAUUGUGGCUUUGACUGCCAGUAGUUUGCAGAGUGACCGGCACGAAGCCUUGGCCGCUGGCUGUAACGACUUCUUGACAAAGGCAGGUAUUCCAGACGAUCCUCAAACUUUUUACUGCUUGCUGACCCCGUCGCACACAGCCGGUCAACUUUGUAUGGAUGGAGCGCAAAGUCACUGA